AUGGGCAGAUCCGCUCCGAGAGCCGCCGCAGGGGGAAACGGGAUCCCUCGUCCAAUGCCGUCUACAAACCCAAUUGCGAAAGAAAAGGACAGAAUUGCGCGCAUGAAGGAAGCCAAAGCAAAAUACUCACAGAUGUCCAAAGAUUAUUCCACAGCUCGUGUGGCUUCAAGUGCUCCUUUGCCUUCUACAAGACCAACUACAUGUGCGCCGAAUGCUGUAAAUAGACCUACGACGAGUCGCAUAGCCACCGUCGCUCGAAAAACCUCAGUUGUGUCUUUUCGGGGCUCUGCAACCAAUCUAUCAAAUAUGGAGUUUGUGCCUUGCGCGGAUAGUUUGGAUGCCAUUCGAAACAAUCGACCCAUGCAACAAAUUUCUGGACGGGCAAGUGGAUUUGGAUAUGGACGGACAUCAAUCGUUUCGCGGCAAUCACUUGCUCCCCGUCCCAGCAUGUUACCGUUUGGCAUAAACCCGUUUUCAGAGAAAUGCACUGCAGAUGACAAGAAAAUCUUCAACGACUACAUGAAAGAAAGGUUGGGCCCUACUUCACCGAUGGUUCCAAAUAGUGCUGGGAGGCCAAAUCUACAAGCGUCGAGAGUUCGAUUUCUAUCAGAAGAUGUCAUCAGAGAAUGCCGGGAAAGUGGUGGCUUGGUUGAAGAAAACCGUAAAGCUCCUAGCCCAGUCAAGGAGGUGAAAAAUGAGGUUCGGUCAAUUUUGAAAGCUCGCUUGGACACAUCAAAGCUGAAUCAGCCUCACAUGAUUAUAGAAGAAAAGGAAAAUGAGCCAGAAGCAGCUAUAGAAAAAUUGUCAUCGCCGAAAAAACUUGGAGAAACACCAAUGCUCCGACGCUCAAAACGUCCUUCAUUGCUUUUCAACGACUUAGAUGCUCAACCGUCUGGAUCAAAAAGCCCAGCAGUGAAGAAACAAAGUAGUAUGCUAAGCCCAAUUAGACCCAUAGCCUCGAAUGAUUGCGAGGAACCAGUUUCACCGACUCCUUUAACGACAACCACUUUUGCAUCGACGUUUAAAGGAUGGAUCGACUUCUUGCAGACCUGGAGGGCAGCGAGUGAUGAAGAAAGAGAAAUGUUUCCCGAUGCAAUGUUUAACGAAUUAUGCACAUUAUUUGAUGCAGAAAGGGAUAGAAGGCAGGCUAGAAAUGACAACGGACUCCGUCGAAGCAAAAGAUUGCCAGCGGAGAAAAAGAAAUACACGAUUGAA